AUGCUAAAAAGGUGUGAAGAUGAAUACCAGUCCACUGGUCCCACAGCCAAGUACGCCCUUCAUCCAAGCAAAGAACUUAAGAAAUCUACUCCAUCUGAGCAGCCGCUGGCUUAUGACCCAGCAAGAAGACUGACUCUUAUUCUCUGCUUGACAAAGGUGCUGAGAGCAACAAGAGCCAUUAUGCUUCCGAUAUUCAUGGUAAGGUUGAAUGUAUCCUAUUCAGUGCAUGUCUCUGAGGACUACCCAGAUAACACUUAUGUUUCCAGUUCUGAUAACGAUGAAGAUGUGUUAGUUACAACAGAGCCAAUUCCAGUAAUUUUCCACCAGAUUGCUACAGAAUUAAGAAAAACCAGUGAUGUCAACUAUUGCUUAUCCAUAAAAUCAAAAUUACAGAGGGAGAAUGGAGAGGAGUCACGGCACAACAGCACAGUUGAAGAAGACUCUGAAGGAGAUAAUGAUUCUGAGGAAUUUUAUUAUGGAGGACAGGUUAGCUAUGAUGGAGAACUUCACAAGCACCCGCAGCUGGAGGCUGAUUUGACAGCAGUGAGAGAGAUCUAUGGACCUAAUGCAGUAUCUCUCAGGGAAUAUGGAGCCAUUGAUGAUGUAGAUAUUGAUCUGCAUAUUGAUGUUAGCUUUCUUGAUGAAGAGAUUGCUGUGGCUUGGGAUGUAAUUCGCACAGAGCCCAUAAUAGUGCGAUUGCACUGUUCACUUACACAGUACUUAAACGGUCCAGUGCCAACUGUGGAUGUAUUUCAAAUCUCUACUAAGGAAAGAUUUGGGCUGGGACAUCAGCUGAGAAAAAUCAUGCAGACAUUUGUUACACAACAGUGGAAGAACAGCAAAGAGAAAUCUAAUUGUACGCACAAUAAAAAGGUGUCUGACAAAAAGGUGAAAUCCCCUCUGCACAUCUUUUCUACAUUGCGCAGGUCGCCAAGUUAUCCUCCACCUGGCUGUAAAAAUAAAUCAAAGCUGAAGUCAGAACAGGAUGGCAUCUCCAAAACUCACAAGCUACUGAGAAGGACUUGCUCUAGCACAGUGAAGGCGGAGGAUGUAUGUGCUGCAAAAUCUCACAGAACCUUUGGCCGCUCGUUGUCGAGUGACCCUAGGGCUGAACAGACAAUGGCUAUUAAAUCGCACAAACUGUUGAACCGUUCUUGCUCUGCAGCCGUCAAGCAGGAGGAGUGCAUUACUUUAAAGCCCCAUAAGCUGUUAAGCAGGUCAUGUUCUGGGGACCCUCGAUGUGAGCACAACAGCACCUUGAAGCCCCACAAACUUUUAAGCAGGUCCUACUCCAGUAAUCUUAGAAUGGAAGAAUUGGAUGGAUUGAAGAAUCACAAGUUACUCAGCAAGACUUACUCCAAUGCCCCUAAAUCAUCCAAAAUGGAGCCUUUCAAGGAGUCCACCAUAGCAGAGAGCAGGAGGCUCUCUCUUACCUCAGGGCUUAUUGGUAUCUUAACACCAUCUUCAUCAUCACCUUCACAAGCUGCUCAAAAUUAUGGUGCAAAAUGUAUUCCAGUACGAGACCGUGGCUUUCUUGUGCAGACUAUUGAAUUUGCUGAGCAGCGGAUACCAGUAUUAAAUGAAUACUGUGUAGUUUGUGAUGAACCCCAUGUGUUCCAGAAUGGCCCUAUGCUGAGGCCAACUGUUUGUGAACGGGAGCUCUGUGUAUUUGCUUUCCAAACAUUAGGAGUGAUGAACGAAGCUGCUGAUGAAAUUGCAACUGGGGCUCAGGUGGUUGAUCUGUUAGUAUCCAUGUGUCGGUCUGCAUUGGAGUCACCUAGGAAGGUUGUCAUUUUUGAGCCAUAUCCUUCUGUAGUUGAUCCUAAUGAUCCUCAGACGCUGGCCUUUAACCCCAGGAAGAAGAAUUAUGACCGAGUCAUGAAAGCAUUGGACAGUAUCACUUCUAUCAGAGAGAUGACACAGGCACCUUACUUGGAAAUAAAGAAGCAGAUGGAUAAACAAGACCCGCUUGCACAUCCUCUUCUACAAUGGGUUAUUUCUAGUAAUAGAUCACAUAUUGUGAAGCUACCGGUGAACAGGCAACUGAAGUUUAUGCACACUCCCCACCAGUUCCUACUUCUCAGCAGUCCACCAGCCAAAGAAUCCAAUUUCCGAGCUGCUAAAAAUCUCUAUGGAAGUACCUUUGCAUUUCAUGGUUCACACAUAGAAAAUUGGCAUUCCAUCCUGAGGAACGGCUUAGUUGUUGCUUCCAAUACGAGGCUGCAGCUCCAUGGUGCAAUGUUUGGAAGUGGAAUCUACCUUAGUCCAUUGUCAAGCAUAUCAUUUGGUUACUCAGGGAUGAACAAGAAACAGCAGAAGGUGUCAGCUAAAGAUGAACCAGCCUCAGGCAGUAAGGGCAGUAAUACAUCACAGUCACAGAAGAAAGGACAACAGUCACAAUUUUUGCAAAGCCGUAACCUAAAGUGCAUAGCCUUAUGUGAAGUGAUAACCUCAUCCGAUCUGCACAAACAUGGAGAAAUAUGGGUAGUUCCCAAUACGGAUCACGUGUGUACAAGGUUUUUCUUUGUUUAUGAAGAUGGUCAAGUGGGUGAUACAAGUAUAAAUACACAGGAACCAAGCAUUCAUAAAGAGAUUCUUCGAGUCAUUGGCAAUCAAACUGCUACUGGUUAAAAGGACCACUCUUAUUUAAUUGAUGUGAUUUGGAAGCCUUCCUCAGUCUCAAAGCUGGAUUUUGAACUGAAGAAGAUGCAAAAAACUAAUUUAUUAUUAUUAUUCUAAGCAAAUUAACCCUUUGAAUACUUACUGUUUUCUUACUUAGUAUUUCUUAUCUCAUCAAAAUACCUGAGAUGGUAUGAAUUAGCAACUGUAGGGGUGCAAAGUCUAUUAAUAUACUAUAACUAAUAAUAAUUAAACAGGCAUUUGGGUUGCUCACAAUAAAUGGACU